AUGCACGUCAAUAAGAGAAUCGGCCGCCUCAAGCAAUGGGCAGGCGAGCGCAUGGGCGGAGAAGUUAAGACGAAUGUCACCGAUGACUUCAAAGCCAUGGAGACGGAGAUGGGCGUACGACAUGAAGGCGUUGACCGCAUUCAUAAGUCCAUGACCGCAUAUGUGAAAGCCAUUUCGAAGCGCAACGAAGGGGAUGAUAAGGAGAAAACCCUCCCCGUGGCUCACCUGGGCACCAGCAUGGUUAGCCAUGGAGAGGAUUUCGACGGGAACUCUGAAUAUGGCCAGUGCCUGACCAUGUUUGGACGGACUGAGGAGCGCAUCGCUCGCAUUCAAGAGAUCUACAUUGGACAGGCGACUUCAAGCUGGCUUGAAUCCCUCGAGAGAUCUUUGACUCAGAUGAAAGACUACCAACAGGCUCGGAAGAAGCUCGAUAGCCGCCGGUUAGCCUACGAUACUUCUCUUUCCAAGAUGGAGAAGGCAAAGAGGGAGGACUUCCGCGUUGAAGAAGAGCUCCGCUCUCAAAAAGUGAAAUACGAGGAAGCCAAUGACGACGUGAUCCGCCGGAUGCAGGACAUCAAAGAGGCGGAAGUUGAUAAUGUUAUGGACAUGGGAGCAUUCCUGGAUGCCCAGCUUGAAUACCAUGAUCGGUGCCGUGAAGCACUAGUCCAACUCAAGAACGAGUGGCCUGGAGGUUCUGGUCGGGGACCAUCUCCAGCUCGACGCACUACACGAGCUCGUUCCAACACUGCCCAUUCCUAUCAGGAACGAUAUGAUCCCGUGCAGGAGGAACUGACAAGUGCCGUGGAGACUCGUCCUACUAUUCGGUCUAGCAAAACGAUUAUGACGGAGAUGCCAGCCAGGGAGCUUCAUCCAAGCAAUGGAUUCCCCCGACCAGUCCUCAGCCGAACACCCACUUUCGAAGGACCCGCACAGCUACGCCAUGAACAGGCUCCAGUAGCAUCGCAAUGGAUUCAACGAACCACCAGCGAUACCUUGACGGGGCAGAGAAGUGUUCCCGCCCCGGGACGACCUUUCGCUAGUGAUCCCUAUGCCGACUCUGAGCUCGCCAGCAACAUCACAUGGAAGUGUGGCAUCUCGACGACCGAGUGCGACAGCAUUGAACAGUGGAACAUUGACCAAGAAAGCACCCCCUCCCCCUCUCCUCCAUCUCGAUCCAAGAAGCCCCCGCCUCCUCCUCCACCGAUGAAGCGGACUCUACUGGCGGGAACAGAUGCGUGA